AUGCACCCAGCUCUUGGCCAUCCCCGUUCGGUCUCUGUCUUGUCCUCGUCCAGCUCCGUCCUGCGGCUCCCAGCCGCCACCGGGUCGCAGUCCUUCUUCCUCCAGGGAGGUUUCCCUCGUGGCAGGAGAGGCUCCGGUGACAGCAGCACCAACACCAGCGCCGGUACCAGCCAGGGGGAAAGCAGCGGCGGGGGCAGCGGUUCCCCCAGCAGCAGCACAGGUGCAGAGCGGGAGGACAACCCCAACCAGAGCGUCAGUAUAAGCAAACCACUGGUUCCCACGGCCGCCACUGCCGGGAUCGCAGGACCCCUAGCCCCAAACGCUGACCCAGCCGCGCGUGUUUCUUUCUCCUCCUCGGCCGCCACCCCCUCCUCCACGCCCACCUACUCCUGCAGCAUGACAGCAGCGGACGUCAGUGGGAGUGCUGCCAGGGGCAUCUUCUGUGGGGGUGCUGCCGGGAGCGUUGGGGGCCCCGGGGUCCGCUUGGCUGGGGUUACCAGUGGCGCAGGGACUAGCAGCGGCGCCUCCUGCUGUUCGUGCUGCUGCUGCUGUAACCGCAAGGCCCCGGCCCCGCCAGACCACAGAGGUCAGCAUCGCAGUGGGGACUGCGCCCCCAGUUCGGGGUGUCGUUGGGGCUACCAGGCACUGUCCGUGGUGCUGCUUUUGGCACAGGGAGGGCUACUAGACCUGUACCUCAUCGCAGUCACCGACCUGUACUGGUGUUCCUGGAUUGCCACCGACCUGGUGGUGGUUGCGGGCUGGGCCAUCUUCUUCGCCAAGAACAGCCAGGGCCGUCGGGGCAGUGCUGCGAGCCACCACCAGCACCACCAUCAUGCCUCGCCGCCCCUACACCUGCCCGCUGCUUCCAUUGGGGCUGCGGCAGGGGUCAAGGCUCACGGUGGCCGCGGGGGCUCCGGAGGUCCAGGGGGUGGCUUAGGGGCGGCUGAGGCGGUGGGCGAGUUUGCCUUCGCCUACCUGGCCUGGCUCAUCUACUCCAUCGCCUUCACGCCGAAGGUGGUGCUCAUCCUGGGCACGUCCAUCCUGGACCUCAUUGAGCUGCACGCACCGCUGGGCACCACAGGCUUCCGCCUUACUAUGGCGCUGUCGGUGCCGCUGCUCUACAGCUUGGUGCGGGCCAUCAGCGAGGUGGGCACUCCCCUGAGCUCAACAGGCCCCUUGAUUCUGCAGCCCCAGCAACACCGCGCCUCGGGAUGUUUCCUAGGCACGUGUCUAGAUCUGCUUGAUAGCUUCACCCUAGUGGAACUGAUGUUGGAAGGCCGCGUGCCACUCCCCACACACCUUCGCUACCUGCUCAUCAUAGUCUACUUCCUCACCCUCUCCUCGCCUGUGCUUUGGCUGUAUGAGCUCAACGCUGCAGCAGCCGCAGCUGCAGCUUUGUCCUGGGACCAAGCUCCUGGACCUGGCAGCUGCAGUCGCCUUCUGCGCCUACUGGGCGGCUGCCUGGUGGACGUGCCCUUGCUGGCGCUGCGCUGCCUCCUAGUGGUGAGCUACCAGCAGCCCCUCUCCAUUUUCAUGCUCAAGAAUCUCUUCUUCCUUGGAUGCCGUGGCCUGGAGGCCCUAGAAGGCUGUUGGGACUCUGAAAGUCCAGCUUCUUCCAGUUGGGCCAGAGGGGGCUAUGGCGCUCCGCCCUCUGCCCCGCCUUCACUGCCACCUCCACCACCACCUCAGGGAGGCUCCCAGCUGAGUCACUGUAUCACAGAGAACAAUGAGGCAGGGGCCCAUGGCUAUGUCAACACCCUAGAUGUGGCCUCCCAGAAUUAA